AUGGCUGAUGAGAUGAUCAGGACUCAACUCAUGGUGGCUGAGAAGUUGGUGGCUUUGCUGGAGGGCGGCACAGAAAAAUUGCUGCUGAUUGACAGCCGCCCCUUUGUGGAGUACAACACGUCCCACAUCCUGGAUGCCAUCAACAUCAACUGCUCCAAGCUGAUGAAGAGGAGGCUGCAGCAGGACAAAGUUCUGAUUACAGAGCUCAUUCAGCAUUCAGCAAAACACAAGAUUGAAAUCGAUUGCAAGCAGGAAGUGGUGGUGUAUGACCAAAACUCUAAAGAUGUGACCUCUCUCUCAUCUGACUGCUUUCUUACUGUGCUCCUGGGCAAACUGGAGAAGAAUUUCAGCUCUGUGUAUCUGCUUGCAGGUGGAUUUGCUGACUUCUCCAGCUCCUUCCCGGGUCUCUGUGAAGGAAAAUCCACGCUCAUCCCUACUUGCAUUUCUCAGCCCUGCCUACCUGUCUCCAACACUGGCCCAACCCGAAUCCUGCCUCACCUCUACCUCGGGUGUCAGCGGGAUGUCCUCAACAAGGAGCUGAUGCAGCAGAAUGAUAUUGGCUACGUACUGAAUGCCAGCAACACUUGUCCAAAGCCAGAUUUUAUUCCAGACUCCCACUUCCUGAGAGUGCCUGUGAACGACAGCUUUUGUGAGAAGAUUUUGCCCUGGUUGGAUAAAUCCGUGGAUUUUAUAGAGAAGGCCAAAGCCUCGAAUGGCCACGUGCUGGUGCACUGCCUGGCUGGCAUCUCGCGCUCCGCCACCAUCGCCAUUGCCUACAUCAUGAAGAGAAUGGAUAUGUCCUUGGAUGAAGCUUACAGGUUUGUGAAAGAGAAAAGGCCAACCAUCUCCCCCAACUUCAACUUUCUGGGACAGCUCUUGGACUUUGAGAAAAAGAUCAAGACCCAGAGCAGUCAGCCCGGACACAUCAGCAAGCUGAAGCUCCUGCACUUGGAGAAGAGCAGCGAGCACGUGCCAGGCCCAGAAGCAGCACAGAGCAGCCUCUGCUCCAACCAGCUCUGCAUCACCGCUGCCUCCGAGAGGACGGAGCAGCAGCCCGGGGACUGCGUGGGCACAGCACGCGGGCACCUGUCCCCUCUGGAGGAUGGCCCCCUGGUACAGGGCAUCAAUGGGCUGCAGGUCUCCCUGGAGCAGGUGGAAGACAGCAACCGUCUGAAGCGUUCCUUCUCGCUGGACAUCAAAUCCGUGUCCUACACGGCCAGCAGUAGCUGUCUGACUGCAGCCGUUCAGGGCUUCGCCUCCUCCGAGGACCCCCUGGAGUACUACAAACACGCGGCAGUGUUGGAGGGCGGCAGCAAGCUCUGCCAGUUCUCCCCUGUGCAGGAGGUCUCAGAGCAGAGCCCAGAAUGCAGCCCUGACAAGGAGAAAGUGAACCCUCCCACGGAGCCCCAGAGCACCUGGCAGCUGGACAGCCAGAGCAAGCGGCAGCACCUGGGGCGAGCCGGUGGCGGUGCCACCACUCAGCGCUCCCUCCUCUACCCCCUGCACCGGAGUGGGAGCGUGGAAGACAACUACAGGACAAACUUCUUGUUUGGCCUCUCCACCAGCCAGCAGCAUUUGGCAAAGUCUGCUGCCGGGCUGGGCCUCAAGGGCUGGCACUCGGACAUCUUGGCUCCACAGACGUCGGCCGCGUCGCUCACCGGCAGCUGGUACCUGGCAGCCGAGUCCUCGCGCUUCUACUCGGCCUCAGCCAUCUAUGGGGGCAGCGCUGCCUGCUCCGCCUGCAGCUGCAGUCAGCUGCCCACGGGCUGUGAGCAGGCCUGCUCCGUGCGCAGGAGGGCGAAGCAGGCUGACCGAGGCGACUCCAGGAGGAGCUGGCACGAGGAAAGCUCUUUCGAAAAGCAGUUCAAACGCAGAAGCUGCCAGAUGGAGUUUGGGGAGAGCAUCCUGGCAGACAACAGAUCCAGAGAAGAACUGGGCAAAGUGGGCAGCCAGUCCAGCUUUUCAGGCAGCAUGGAAAUCAUUGAAGUGUCUUGA